AUGCCGCUCAGCCGGCUCACUACCCCUGCCAGCGGAGGGGCGCCUGAGUUCCCGUUACUAAGGCAACAGUCCGCGAACCCACCUCCCCUCCCCCACCAGGCCCCAGCCCGGCCUCCGCUCCAGCCGCCGCCGCCGCCCCUGUUUUGUUUCCAUGGCGACAGGCGGCGCGGGGCCGGCUCCAAACAUAACGCUCUGUGGAAAACAUGCGGCUCGGGGGGCCCCCCCCCCCGCAGCCCCGGCGCGGGGCCGAGCCCCGAGUGGCCCCGGAGCAGUCCAGGCCACGUGCAGUUAGGCAGGAGCCCGCAGAACAAGGCCAGGCGCCCCAGAUCGCCGACCCCUAGGCCCGCACCGUCGUCGGGGGUUCAAGGCUCCCCUCGGCCGAGGGGCCCAGACUCUCCGAGGCGGCCCUGGCUGGCGGCCGCCUCCCCCGAGGCCCGCGACCCCGCCUCCCGCCGCCCCCCACCGCGGAAAAGCUGCGCGGCCGCCCCCUGCCCCCAGCUCCCUACAGGGGUGGCUGGAGGCGGAGCCGCGCGGGAGCGGGCUGGCGCGCGCGGGGAGGUGCUUCCGGGUCAGAGGGCGCCCAAGAUGGCGGCGCCCAUGGAGCUGUUCUGCUGGUCGGGGGGCUGGGGGCUGCCUUCAGUGGACCUGGAUAGCCUGGCCGUGCUGACGUAUGCCAGAUUUACUGGUGCUCCACUCAAGGUACACAAGAUCACCAACCCCUGGCGAAGCCCUUCAGGAACUUUGCCUGCUCUUCGGACCAGCCAUGGAGAAGUCAUCUCGGUACCACACAGGAUCAUCACCCACCUUCGAAAAGAGAAGUACAAUGCAGACUAUGAUCUGUCAGCCCGACAAGGGGCAGACACCCUGGCCUUCAUGUCUUUGCUGGAGGAAAAACUGCUCCCAGUGCUGAUCCAUACUUUUUGGAUAGAUACCAAGAACUAUGUGGAAGUGACCCGGAAGUGGUAUGCAGAAGCUAUGCCCUUUCCCCUCAACUUCUUCCUCCCCGGCCGCAUGCAAAGGCAGCACAUGGAGCGGCUGCAGCUGCUGUGUGGGGAGCACAGGCCUGAGAAUGAGGAAGAACUGGAAAAGGAGCUGUACCAAGAGGCUGGGGAGUGCCUGACCCUUCUCUCUCAGCGCCUGGGCUCCCAGAAGUUCUUCUUCGGAGAUGCCCCUGCUUCCCUGGAUGCCUUCGUCUUUAGCUACCUGGCCCUGCUGCUGCAGGCGAAGCUGCCCAGUGGGAAGCUGCCGGCCCACCUACGGGGUCUGCACAACCUCUGCACCUACUGCACCCACAUCCUCGGCAUCUACUUCCCCUGGGAUGGAGCUGAGGUGCCACCCCCACGACAGCCACCAGCAGGCCCAGAGACUGAGGAGGACCCGUACCCGCGCCGGAACCAGAUCCUGUCUGUGCUGGCAGGGCUGGCGGCCAUGGUGGGCUACGCCUUGCUCAGUGGCAUCAUCUCCAUCCAGCGGGCGGCACCCGCCCGGGACCCCAGCAUCCGGGCCCUGGGCAUGGCUGAAGAGGAUGAAGAGCAGUGACUUGUCUUCGUGCUCCCAGGACUGAUGUUUUUCACUGUCAUGCAUUCCAGAGCCCCUUUGGCUCCGCACUGCUGAUACAGCCAGAAACGGGGUGCUACGACCCCGAAUAAAACCACUCACAGCGACUCAG